ACAGAAGCGCUUAACUCGUAUAGUGCGCCUUCAUUGGUUUACAUGCGGCGUAGUGAGUAUAAGUAUUGAAGCUUACCUCUGGUCUUCUUGUUGAAUUGGUCAUUUCAUCAUCGGUAACCUCAAUUUUUACGACAUUGACUGGCAGCAGCGACUUCAGGUCUAACUGUUUAAAUAUGGAUACGUCAAUGGAAGAUUUGUUUUCCGAUUUUGAUAAAUCUACUGUUUUAGUUGAGACAGCAGAUACAAAGAAAAAUAAUACAGAAAAGCAUGACGUAAUGGUACUUGCUACUGAGACAAUAGGCAAUGAAACUAUACGUAUUGAAGGUGUUCACCAAGCUUCUACUCAAAGUCUAUGCUUAACCAUUGAAUUACAUGAAAACUCUUUGUUGUCUAGUUGCAUUAAUUUGGAAAUUCCAUACCAUUAUCCCUCAUCGAGCACAAAUUUGUCAGAGACGAAGAAUAUACCAGUUCAUAUCUGUACUCUUUGUGAUAAAAAUCACUUUAUGAAUGUAAUUACUUAUCCACAACAUCAAACUUCGACAGUAUUUGCUGAUUUAUCCUUCACAUCGUCAUCCUCCUCAUCAAUAUUCACCUGUUCUAAACGUUUUAUUAAUAUUCUUUGUGAUAUUGAAAAUGAAGAUAUUAAAUGCGAUCCUGAUCUGGUUCGAUUAUGUAGCCUUCCAAAUGGACUAGUCUAUGCUAUUUGGUAUACAACUAUGAAUAAGAAACUUCAUUGUUCAGUUGCAUUUCCAUUGUCAUGUUGUAAGCCAAUCGUGACUUGGGCUUUUAUUCGUAAUCCUGCAGCUAAUUCUACACUGUCUCGUAUAAUUGACAAUACAUUAGCAGAUAAUCGUUGUACUCAAAUCGAAAACAAUACUGUGAAUGAUCUGCUUAUUGGUUUAACAAAAGAUGGUGAAGGUGUAGGUGUUUGGUUCGAUUCAUCAGAUGUUUGUAACAAAAAAGUUUUAAACAUCACUGAAUUCAGUUUACCGCAAUCACCUGAUCCAAUUACAAAAUGUCGUGCACAAGGUUCAUGGCUCCAUGUGAUCACUCAAAGUGGACAUUUAACAUCAGUACAUUUCAGUUUACAAUUAAAACAAUGUAAUGACAAUAAUAAUAAUAGUGAAUCAACGAAAUGGAAUUUGUUAUGUCAACCAACUAAUUUUCCUCGAUUACCUAUUCAUUUGUCACCUGUGAAUAAUAUUGAGCAAUGGAUAAAAUCGUGCCCAAGAUGGCGUAAUCUUAAUGUUUGCGACUUUACUCGUUUGGCUGAUGGUCAUUUGGGUAGUGUUGAUUCACAAGGUUGCAAGACACGUCUAGUUGAUCUAUUAUCAUCUAAAUCUGAAAUUGAUGCUCCUGUUAAUUAUACAGAACAACAAUUGAAUCAAACAUUCAUGAAAUUAAUCAAAACAAAAUAUCAAAUGAAAAGUUAUUUAGCAUGUUUACUUCUACUAAACCGUUUGAGUAAUUUUAAAGUGAAUACAGACAAAAAUGAUUGGUCUCAGUUCCCUUUAGAUUGUAAAGUCUAUUUGACAUCAUGUCGUGCAGAUCAUGAGUCAGGAAACCAAUCACCUUUGGAAUUGAUUGUUGAUAUCACAGUCCAGAAUACAACAACUGAUGACAAUCUAGGAGAGAAUAUUAAUGAAUUAUUAUUUCAUUCCGAUUUAAACAAAAUUAGUCUAAAUAAUAUGGCACAAAUUAUUUUAUUCAAAUCGUACAUGAAUAAUACAAAGAAUUAUAUCAUAUCUGAUUAUCUUGAGAAAUAUUUAUACAUUGUUAUCAAAAUGGAAGCUGUUAGAACAGACUGUGAAUCGUCAUCGUUAUCAUCAUCAUCAUCGAAUUUGAAGGAUUUAAUCACAGAUGCCGAUAAGAACGUGGUCAACAAUCAUCAUUCACUUGUUUACACGUAUAGAGAAUUGUGGUUUUCAUCACCGAUAAAUAUCAAUAGUGAUAAUUCCAAAUUACGACGUUGUAUCAUUCCAUCAACAAAUUGGUUACAAAUAUUUCAUAUAACUGAAUUGAAUCAUUCUUCACUUUUUCAACAAAAUCUAUUGCCUACUACUACUAAUACUAAUAGAAUAUUCUCAAUUGACGGUAGUACACUUCAAGUGAAUAUUCAAUUGGAAUUUCAACCACCAAUAAUACCACAAUAUUUAGAUUGUUUCAAUCAAAAAUCAUUUGAAACUAUAAAAAUAUGUAAUCAUUCACCAAUUUUUGUAAACAUUGGUCAUAGUCACCUUGAUUGUAUACAUUUUCUAUAUCAAAUAAAAACGAAUUCAUUAUUGAAUAAUGUUGUAAAUGAUAAUCCAAUGAAGCUAAUUCAUACAAUGCAUAUUAAUAUUAAUGAUUCAGUAUUUCAAUCCAUCAUAUCAGAUAUUUUCAAAAAUCCCAUAUCAUGUUCAAGUAAUCAUCAUGAGAAUUUCCUUAAAUUAAUGGUAAAAAAUAAUAAUAGCAAUAAUGGUCAAUUAUUUUAUUGUUGUUUAACAAAUCAAUCUGUCAAAUGUGAAUGGUCUUUAAAUUUAGAUCCAUUUAAUUUUAAACAAGAGAACAAGAAAGAAGUGGAGAUAAAUAAUAUAGACAACAACAAUUACAGUUCCAAUACCUGGUGUUUUACAAUAUCAUCUGUUUGUUUACAAACAUUAUGGUCUAUGUAUAGAGCUAUUGAGUUGCGUCAAAAAAUAUCAUUACAGAAGAAUAAUUCGAUAGAAACUUUCAAACGUCCUACUGUUGAACAACUUAGAUUAGAAUGUUCUAUCUUAAAGAAAUUACUAACUUCCCUACAUGAUGUUCGAGGAAGAAUUGGUAAUAAGGAUAAUAAUAACAUCAACGAUAACUACUUAACAGAGAAGUUAUUUUCGGAAUCAAAGUGUAUGCUGAAUUUUCUUUUAGACUCUUAUUGUGUCAUUCGAAAAACAGCAAUGUCAUCAUGUUUAUUUUAUCAAUGAUGAUGACGAUGUAUAUUAUGUUGUAUAUAUUUAUCUAAUCAAAAUAAAUACCUAUCAUCUG